AUGUCUUCAGAUCAACAGCAGCUGCCAAAACCGCGGCGCUCUCGCAAGUCGAUUGCCGUGAUGCCGAGUAGCUCUGUUGCUUCAACUCAAAUAAGCAAAGAAAACUCAUCAUCGACAGAGUCAACAAUAGCAAAACCUACUCGCAAAUCUCGAUCGAAAUCAUUGGGACCGGGUGGUCUCGAUGCGCUGAAUGGUACAUCUAAUGGCCGGGGGCUGAAAGAUGCGAACGGUAAUGGGAGGAGAGUAUCUUCGAUCAUACCGCAGGCUCAAGUAAAGUCUAUCUUAAAACCCACCUUACCGCUUUCGCCAAUCCAGGCGAUCCCCGCCCAUAGGUCUCGAGGGGGUAAUAAGCAAUCAUCUUCGGUAUCCCAACCGUCAUUGCAGUCAUCCUCUGCAAGCACUUUACUCAAUUUUCAACCGCCCCCCUUUCCUUCCAAUGCAGUGCCGACCACAGUUCCUGUACGCACUGAAGAGGAGCAACAGAAACGGGCAGAGAUUUUAGCUGCGAGAGCUGCACGUCGGCAAUCUCUUGGUAACCGCCGUGUCUCUUUCGCUCCGGAGGCUACUCUUCAUACUUGGGACGUCGUGGAGUACUACCGCGGUGACGAUGGAUCAUCAACACCUAGCUCUACCGGGGGUAGUAAAGCAUCUACACCUGCCACUGCAUCUUCAAACCGAACAGGCGAUUUCGGCGGUGUUCAGGCGACUCCUACCCCUGCUGCGCCCCCCGAUCCAAGGCUUCCAGAAACUCCCCCGAGUGUACACAAUAAGGGAAAUAAUCUCUCAGCUCCAACGCCACCUAUGAACUUUAAUAAUCCCGAAGACGACUUUUCUUCCCCUUUCUCAUCAGGAACUGAGGGUGCUCAGAGUCCCUUUGCCGGAAUGCCCGAAGCGGAGGCCAGUAGUGAUGACGAUAGCUUGAAUGAUUUCGGCGAUGACACUGCUGGCGGGCGGACAUUUGUUUCGGUGGCGGGCGACACUACUGUGGGGGAUAUGAGUGUAGAUAUGGAAAUUGCGGAUGACGAAGUCACUGGAGCUUUUAAGGCGUUUGGUAAACGCACUGCAUGGAAACUUGAAGGGGCUACAGAAACCGGCGAGCAGUCAAACCACUCGGAAACGGAUGAUGAGGCUGAGAGCCUUAGCGAGGAUAUGACUAUGGAAAUGACUCGACCAGUCGGCGGGCUUUUGCCAUCCGCCCCUCAGCUUGUGACUGCUCGAUCAGGGCCUGACGACGAUGACGGCGAAACAGCUAUGGACAUAACCAGACCUGUGGGCGGCCUUCUCGCCUCCCCCAACAGUCUUGCGGCAACCACCACCGAGGAUAUGGCUGUGGAUAUGGAUAUCACGCGCCCCGUCGGUGGUAUUCUGGGGAAUGCCGCAAAGGCCCUAGAGAGGGAAAAGCGCAGGUCUCUUGGACUACAUCCCCAACCUUUGGUCCAAUACGAUAAUGAAGCUGGAGAGGAUGAAGAUAUGGAUAUGGACAUGACACGGCCACUGGGUGGCGCAUUUUCUAGCUGCCCUUCCAGCGAAGCACCUACUUUCGAGGCCGAAAACCAGACCAUGGAUAUGGAUUUUACUCGACCUGUCGGCGGUAUACUUUCGAAUGCUGCAGUCAACGAAUCACCUGGAUUUGUAGACGAAGACCAGACCAUGGAUAUGGAUGUUACUCGACCAAUUGGUGGAAUCUUGUCCAAGGUUUCGGCACAGACACCGGCCAUCGAUUUGGAGGAUCAGACGAUGGAUAUUACUCGGCCAUUGGGCGGCAUAAUAUCUGCUCCUCAACCAUGCCCUCCCUCCCCGACCUCACCUGAUGCCGAAGAGAAUGAGGAGAUGACCAUGGAGUUUACAAGCGUCCUUGGAGGUAUUAUUGGGUCCGACAAACCUAACGACACUGAUGGGAAUGUGGAACCACGAAGGGGGGGUUUGUUAAGUGGGGUUGAGUGGAAUAAGGAUCAGGAGCGACUUGCUAGUCUUGCAGAAGAGGAUGAGGGGGAGUCAGCUAUGGACAUGACCGUUGCAAUUGGCGGAAUCUUGCCUUCGACUACAAAGGUGAACGAGCGAGCGGUAAAGGAAUCUGCUUCGCUUUAUCCUAAAGUUCCGGCUCUGCGGGGGACUCGGGAUGCAGAUGACACGGGGGAGGAGGACGGGGAUCUCAGCAUGGAGGGUGUUACUAUGGAUAUCUCUACCGCUAUCGGAAGCAUCAUGCCAAAUUCUAGACCUUCGUCAGCCCGAAAAGGAAAACUGGGCGAGCAUCAACAAAUUGCAAAUGAAGCAGUGCCAACACCUGUUGCGCCGUCGAUUGCUGAGCUACAGAGAGAGAUGGGGACUGUUACGGAUCAGGGAAGCCCGACCCCAGCAAAGAGAAGAACUAGCAAGAGGUUGAGUGCUGUAUCAGCUACGGGAAGUGAGAAGAGGGUUACUAGGGGGAAUAGCACUGCCGCUCGCAAGAGCGUGGAGAACGCACAUCCCCAGUCUCCAGUUCCUGCCCCUGCACCAAUUGCUGCACAGUCGGGGACUCCACAACGGAAACAGGAAAACCCCCAAGCCACCCCCCAAGCCACGCCCAAAUCCGUGCCGAACUCUACUCCCGUUACAAGGAUUACCCCGGCUACAAGACCUCCUUCAGUUACAAAGUCUACUCCCGUUAAAGAGCCCAUACUACUUACAGUGGAAAAGCGCAAGGAAGACUUCAUCUUUGUAACCCCUCAGAAAAAGCUAUCAACUCCUCAGCCAUGCACACCUCCUGAGCAACUCACCCCAGCAGUGCCGGCAACUAAACCAAAGACUCCGAGCAAGAAGGCCCCAAUAAUUGAGACCCCACUGCGUGCGGGUUGUAUCAAUGGGGGUUACUCGAUGGGCUCUAAAAAGAGAAUUGGCUUCCCGACUUCACCUUCGCCAAUGAAGCAGAAAACUCCAGUCAAACAUGCUACGCCAAUGGCUUUCGGUUCCCCCAUGAUUACUAAGGGAAUGGGUAUCGACAAACCCGGCUUGGGAUCUCCGCGUAUCGCAGCGAAGCUUUCUGAGCGAAAGUCUAUUGGAGAGGAGAUGCCCUCGUUCUCUCCGAUUAUGGUGCCCAGGGAUUUGGUCAAGGUGUCUAGAGAAGACGAUUUGGCCGAUGCAGAGGAGGAGCGCAGAGAGAAAGAGAGGGAGACAGAGAGGAGGAUGAGUCUUGACCUGAGAAGUAGGAUCGACAUGUUGACACCAAGGAAGGCCUCUCGUAAGAGUCUGGCUUACGGUGCACUGUUGGCAGGCGCGGGCAAAAGGGAGAGGAGUGAUGAAGCAUCGGCGGUUCUGGGAGGUGGAAAGCGGAGGAAGAGUGUGGAUGGGCCUAUUGCUGUUGGCGAUAACCAUGGUUCUACAACCCCACAGGCGAAGACUCCGAGAAUCGAACGCCCUACCUUACCUACACCUGGCUCUGGCCGAAGGCAGACUCCAAGAAAACGGUUAGUUGUUAUUGCACCGGAAACACCGGUUAUCAUCGAGUCUGCUGGCCCUACAUCCGGCCAGCCGGGAGGGCAGUCUCCAGAGGAAGCGAUGCUAGAUCAGGCGCUAGAAGAGGAAGAGGAAGAACCAAAAAUCAGUCUUCAAGAAUUCCUAAAUAUGACCAGCAUCACUUUCCUUGACGGCCUUACUACAACCAAGCGCCGUCAAACUGGAUUCCCAGGCCUUAAGAAGAGUCGAGGAAGCAUGGAUGAUGAAGCCGAAGCUUGCCUAGCAGACUGCAUUAUCGCCGGCGCUUGCACCGUUCCCAUGCUCGACCUCUUCCAACAUUCUUGCCGCGAGCUAAAAAAGUACAUCCGCGAGGGGCGUGAGGUCGUCAAGACAAUCGAAGGCGACACACUGGAGGAAAACCCCCUGCUCUUCCGGGAAUAUAUGGAGGCUCCGCCUGACAUCAAGCUUAUCAUGGACACCCAAUUCAAGAAUGUCAAAACUCAUGCGCGAUUCCUGGCAAAGGGGAUCUGGUACGAGUGGCGGAUGAAACUCCUCGAGGGUGUUCGUGCAGCACUGGAAGAAAACCUCAAGGGCCUCAAAGGCGACGAAACUCUGCUCUCAGAAGCCCUCGCAGCUGGCCAGAAACUCCUCCCAGAAAUAAUCUCCCGCUUUGAGGCUGCAAAGUCGAAACUAGACUAUUUGCGAGAGAUGAAGCGCAGAAUAGAGGCAGACGAUAAGGCGCAGCUCGCCAUUGCCCGGGAGAGCCUCCAAUCAGUGCAGUCCAAGGUUGAGCAAACAAAGGCCGAACUUGCCCAGCGAAAGAAAGACCUUGAAAAACUCGACGCUCAGCUUUCAGAGCGCGAACUUCGCAAGCAAAUGCUUCAGUCCUGCAUCGAAGAGGCUGAACGCGUAAAGGAGAUGAACAGAGGCUGGUCGGAGGAGGAGGUCAGCAUCUGGAAGUCAAAAGUCACGGCAUUAGAGCGAAAGCACGGAUGGAGUAUAAUCUCGGCGGUAGAUAGGACUAUGGAAUUGCUCUUCUUGAAGCAGCUUCGCAUACUCUGGGAUUCAUGCGCUCGUGCAGUUACGGGGGUGAAGUAUGUCCUGCCAGCUGUUUCUAAGCCUUCGGAUCCAAUCCCACUUGGCGAGGUAGAGACUACCUUUUUUAUCACAGCGCUGGAAAAGAGGUUGUCUGGGGCGGGAAGUUUAAAGGCUGCCGUGAAGAUUGCGGACGAGUAUUGGCGGAACGCGCUUACUGUCAUGGAACAAAUCAGACAGGUCCGCCGGUUGCAUCCUACAGAAAUUACUCCUCUAGAGGGCGGUGAUGAGGGACUAGUCGUCAAGGUCAGUGUUCUCAUUCCUGAAAUACGCUCCAAGAUCCGGAUUGUGUUAUUGCUGGAUGGCGAUCUUGAAGUCUCUGGCAGGGCGAAAGUUGUGUAUGGAGGCGUGAACGAGGGCGUUGUUAGUGGGUUUGUGGAGAGUGGGGUCAAGGCUGGCGCUUGGAGGGGAGUUGUUGAGGAGGUUGUUGGAAGGUGCCUUGAUGGAAGGAGGAAGGGGGGUGUGGGAGUUCCUACUAAGCAGUAG